ACCUCGCCGCAGACCACACUAGCUCAGUCGAGACACAUCCCGCGUUGUGUAUAUAACGUAUAGCCAGUAGUGUUGUGACUGCGAGUGUAUGUGAAAUGCUCGGACGGUGUUUGUAACAUGGUGAAUUACGUCAAUCCGCUCGCCAUGUACCAGGGCAAGGGCGGACAGUACGGCGCGGGGGGUUGGUACGGAUGGCAGCAUCAGAACUUUGAGGAACAGCAGUGGUGUGCGUGGAAUGGAGCGCCGACGGCUGGCGAAUGGCCAUCGGAUCCUCAUCACUUUAAGCGCGAGCCGGGCGAGAGAGAUGUCGGGGAAAUGCCGUCUCCAGCGCGAGGUGACCUGGCUAGCCCAGGAGAAGGGUCUCCAGGCUCCAGGUCAGCGCAGCCGCCGGUGCCGCCGCGCUCGCCAUAUGAAUGGAUGAAGAAACCCAGCUACCAGUCACAGCCAAAUCCAGGGAAAACACGCACGAAAGAUAAAUAUCGGGUAGUGUAUACUGACCACCAACGAUUGGAGCUGGAGAAAGAAUUCCAUUAUAGUCGAUACAUCACCAUCAGACGGAAAGCCGAGCUCGCUGUUAGCUUGGGACUCUCCGAAAGACAGGUAAAAAUAUGGUUUCAAAAUCGACGCGCCAAAGAAAGGAAACAGGUAAAGAAACGCGAAGAAGUGGUGAUGAAAGAAAAGGGUGAUCAUGCAUCCCUUCAGCACGCGCAGCUUCAUCACGCGACAAUGCUGCACCACCAACACAUGAUGAACGGUAUGAUGCAUCAUCAUCACUACCAUCAAGGCGUUUUGCAAGGCGUGCCAGAGCCAUUAGCCCCAGGGGUGGCACCAGUUCCUCUCCUGUGACCCGAACAAGACUUCUGUGCUCCUAUAUAUAGUGACAACCCAGUGAUUUAGACUUCUUACCUAUGGUAAAGGCUUAUGCAAUUUCUAUUAUAGACUUGUGAUAUAUGUGCAAUAUUCUUACGAGAAUAUUUGGUGCAGUUUUGGUACCUUUAUAGUGUAAUAGUUAACAUCGGAACUCCUAUAGGAGAACACUUCAGGGUCUAGGCUUUUUUCAUUGACGUCUUUCUAUAUUAUUUGAAGAUGUUAUGUUCUUGCUUAAUGACAAAAGUCUCGACCCGGGAGUCGUGAACGCACUUCAUCGCCUUCUUUAGUGCUAUUACUUAAGUUUUAGGUGCCUCUAAGCGGUCAUGCCUUACGGCCCAUCUGGCCUUACAUCGCUGAAUACUGUAGUUACAAUUUUAAUUUAAACUUUGUCGUUUGUAAAUAUAGAUUACUAUAUUUUUAUAUUAUUAUAAUUAUGAAACAUUUUAAAUUUGAUUGUUUUUAAUAUUUCUUUUGAUAUUUCUCGACGCUCCGAUAAACUUUGAUGAGAUUAUUUUAAAUCUGAUUUUAUGUAACUAUACAGUAUCUUUAUACGUUUUCUAUUUAUUUGCUUAAUUUCGGUCGUUUAUUAAUGAUCGGCAAAUUAUAAUAGAAUAUUCAUGAAAUUAUUAAUCGGUUAAGAAUCUCAUUUAAAAUGUGUACAAUCAUAGAGCGUGACCAUUUUUAUGGCGGAUUUAUUGCAUCGGUAGCGACGAGAAAUAAUAUUAUUUUUUACUAUGAAUGAGAUUAUUUCUAGUUUUAAUGUUCUGUAAAUAAAAUUUGUAGAUUAAAAUAGACAUAAAGUUAUCUCAGUUUUAACGACUAUUACACAGAAUUGAUCACUGAACACCUAAUUAUUAUGACUACGAAUUUCCGCAAUUUAAUUACGUUUCUUACAUUCAUUAUGCUUUUGAUUACUUUGUUGAAAUAAUGUAACGGUAUAUUAUUUAUUGAACAAUAUAUGUAAUAACAGAAUUAUUGUUUGUCGUUUUGUUUUGUGAUGCGAACGUGCGAUUAUGGUGCUAACUGAUUUGUGACUGAAUCAUUUUAUUUUACAUUAAAUAUUGAUGGAAUUUCAAGGGGAUCUAAUGAUAUUGUGCUUGUAAUAUAUGAAUGUUGUUUUAAGGAUUGUUUGUGGACACCGUGUUAUUAGUAUUGUACGCACUAUCACGAAACACAUUUGAUAAACUCAAUAAAUUCAUGUUAAUCUA